AUGGCUUUCCAAGAGCUGGAUCCCCACGGUGAAGAGUACGAACUGCACUGGCUCGCCACUGCCCUGGUCUCCUUGUUCGUGAUCUUGGGACUCCUAGUCAUGCGGAUUCCGCUGCUGAUGGGCAUGGACAUGAAGCUGGGGUAUGACAUAAUGCAGCAUGCUGGGGAGGAUGAUUCCGACAUGAAAGAUUUGAAGGAAGGUGUGCGCAACGUUUGGACGCAGAUCUCGACCGUCUCGGCAUUGAUUUUCCCGGCAACCAUCGCUAUGAUUCAGGAGGGCGGUGAGGUCAAGCCUUUCUACUACGAGAGCUCAGAAGGCACAGACGACGACGGCUCGGGUCAACGAGUUGUGAUUCAUUUACAACAGGCAUAUCUAGCUUCCAUGUGUUUCACCAUGAUGUGCACUGCCUAUGGCUGUUCGCUCUGUCUGUUGAACUUUACAUACGUUGAAUGUCUGUCACCGAGACAAUCGUUGGCAUUCUUCCUCACACAUCCUGGAACUGUCGGCUACCCUCUCAUGUUGCUUUGCAAUGCCUUUACAUUCUUUUGGCUUGCUGCACUUAUAUGGAUGCUUGGUACCUACGGAACUGCCCUCGGGAGCUUGGGUCUGUCUGGCAUUCUUCUUUACUGGUGGUUUGUCUAUUGGGCUUUUCGCACCAAUUCAGAGUUCAACCCUUCUCGUUGUCCGAAAGAGCCGCCGAGAAUACUGCUAAGCAACCGUUGUCUUCUGGACAGUACCAAGAUUGAUGGAAUUCACAAGAGCCUGUAUGCAAAACUGCAUCCAGAAACAAAAACGGCACUUGAUUCACUUGAUGGUGCGAAUUUGGCACAGCCAAGCCAAUCGGCGGAUCAAACGCCGGCGGCUGCGAAACACAAGGAAUCCAAGGCACAGUCAUCGCAACGUGUUGCGCCCUGUGAUGACUGA